AUGGAGACGAGUCAGGAAAACGCUGGGAUGAAAGAAAGCUUCGGGGGGAAGGACGUGGCCGACAUCAUCGCAGGCUGUGAGAGUAACGGUGGGAUCCUGAAGAAGCUUUCCUCCAUCAAAGAGGACGAGGAGGGGUCUGGGUCUGAAGGUGAGCGCUCCCCUCUCCCCAGGGUGACUCCUCUGGGCAGGCUGGGUCGAGGCCUGCGCUCCCCUCUUCCCUCCCCCAUGCGCUCCCCUCUCAGAUCCCCCAUGAUGCCUUCAAGGACCUUCAGAGCGGUGGGAGACCGGCCCACCAGCCUUCAGAUCCCCAUCGUGAGCUACAACAUCCCGCCGCCACCGAACUUCAGCCCCCGGUUUGUGUACGGGAUCGAGACAGAAAACCAAAGUGGAUCAGCACAGAUGUUUGAUUACUCUCCUAGAUCACCUCAGAGUUUACUAACCAGCCCUGACUCAGGUCCCCAUGAAGAGGCUGACACCAUGCAGACAAUCGCUAAGCUAAAACAUGAGAUGAGCGUCCUCUCUGGUCAGGUGACGUCCGUCAGUCAGGAGCUGCAGGAAAUGACUCGUCUUCUCAAACCUCUCUUCCACAACCCCUCCAUGCUGCUGAUGCGCGUGACUCCACCUACCCAGCAUGCACCUGUGGACAAUCACCAUCACACUCCCUCCUGCAUCCCGCGCCUGAGAGUGAGCAGAUUCUCCCAGAGUCCCAGCUCAUAUCCAGAUGUUAUUCCCAGCUCAGCUUCAUCAACGAAGGACAACCAUCGCUGUGAAGAAGACAGAAGAUCUAAACCCCGCAUGCUGCACCCAACUCACUGCAUGACAAACAUUUCGGCAUGGGAGUUAAGAUGUAAAUACUACCGGCUGUUUGCAGAUCUGAUAAUAAAAUAGUUUGUUUACAGUUUUGAUUUAUUCAACACUUAAUUAUGAGCCCAAUUUCUUCCAAACCUUAAAACCAUCCUACAAA